GAUAAACAUUACGAUAUGUGAGCUUGCAAGAAGUUGCGUCUGUCUUUCUCCUUGAGAGAGAGAGAGAGGUGGAUGCAGGUAGAAGGCAAGAAUGGAGGAGAGGCACCUGGAUCUUGUUCUGGUUCCGUUGGGUGUGUUGGUGAUGACGAUCUAUAACCUAUGGCUUUUCAUCACCAUUCUGCGCACCCCAAAACGAACUGUUAUAGGCCUCAACGCUAUUAGCCGGAGACAGUGGGUCAUCUCUAUGAUGGCAGAUCCACAAAGCAACGGCAUGUUGGGGGUUCAAACGCUACGAAACAGCAUAAUGGCAUCUACAUUACUAGCAACGGCAGCCAUAACUCUGUGCUCGAUCAUCGGCGUCUUCGCCAACAGCACAACAAGCACAUCCAACUCGGCAGCGGACCUGAUUUACGGCAACAAGACACCCCUCGUCACUUCCAUCAAGUACUUCACCAUCUUAAUCUGCUUCCUUGUGGCUUUCCUCUGCAAUGUGCAGUCUAUUAGAUACUACGCUCAUGUUAGCACAUUGAUUACAAUGCCCACGUUGAAAGGCAGAAGAGAAUCGAUUGCCUACGUUGUCAGAAACUUGAAUCGCGCAAACUAUUUCUGGUCCCUUGGAUUGAGGGCUUUCUAUGUGUCCUUCCCUCUCUUCCUUUGGAUUUUUGGGCCCAUACCCAUGUUUGCUUGUUGCUGCAUAAUCACCUCUACGCUUUAUUUCUUGGAUACAGCCACCACUGCUACCACCAAGUUUCACACUUCUACUUUUACGGAUAUGAUGAGAUUUGAUGACAUUGAAUCCGCCUUUUAAGGAUGUGCAUUAAUUUUAAAUGCAUGGUGGUCAUGGUGUGGGUUGCUUCUUUUGUAAUUUCUAUUAAUUCUCCAUUUUAUUUUCUUGUAAUUAAGGAAGUGUUAUACCUAUAUGAUUCAACCUUUUUUUUUU